AUGCUCACGCCGGAUUCCCCUGUCUCUUCAAAUUGGGACUUUACCCCAGUGCAUGACUUACUACGAUCGCCCAUCGAGGGCUGCACUACGAGGCCUAGUCGCCACAAUGAAAUUGCACUCCCCUCACCUGAUGAACAACAAGCCAAGGAUGACCCCCGUUACACAACUAAUGGCAGGCUUAUGGAUCCUAUCUCUCAGCGGAGUAACCCGAAGCUUGGUGACUUUGGCUCUCUUUGGGAUAUUUUUAACGGAAGCCCUGCUCCCACGAGAGUCACGCCCACAUUAGAAACCACAAAGACCACCAAGCUUGAGCUGGAGAAAUUUCAGCCAUCGCUCGAAGAACUACCCUCUAGCUCAACGGAAAGACCCGUCAAAAGGGUCUCAUUCUCUGGCCUGUAUGACAUUAAAACAUCCGUCCCCGCUCCAUCCAAUACCUCUCGCAUUACCAAUGAGCCAGUCUCUCAGGUCCUCAAAGACACCACUGGUUAUAUCUCCCAUUCUUCUUCUCCUCCAAAUGCGCGCGCGACAGAUAUUCCUAUCGAUUUUGAGGGUCAAUCGUUCACUAUCUUGAGGCGGACCUCGGGCCGUGACCCCUCUGGAACGAGUGCCAAUGUGAAAUUUGGUGUCCGUGGUCCACAAACCCCUCCUGUGGCGAUUGUUAGACCUAGAGUUGGUGAUCCAAGUGAUACUCCCACAAAAACUAAGACUCGAUCUCGUGGAAAAGAUAUCCGAAAGAACACGCGCAAUAACCCAAUCACCUCCGAAGAAAGUGCCGGGCUAGACUCAGACACAAGUAUUGUGUUCGAUCAUCCCAUUUCUGAGAAACCUGUGGCUUUUUCAUUUAUCCCAUCUCAAGUCCAUGCGCCUGGAGCGAAAACUUGCACUUAUGAAACCCCACCGUCAUCGUUUGACGAUAAUGACUGGAUACUGAAUGCCAACGCCAUCCGAGGACAUACUUCGAGCGGUACUGUGCGGUCUACCCUGCACCGGCCGGCCGAGGAGCGAAGAGUCAUCUUGAUGACCAGACUCCUCGGUCACUUCCCUGCGUACGCAAAAAUCGUGUCUCAAGUGGGACUGGCUUUAGAUCAUCGUCCCGAUGAUGGUAUUGGCUCACGUCCCAUUCAUGUCUUUGUUGACAUGUCAAAUAUCAUGGUUGGAUUUCACGAUUCAGUAAAAGCCUCGCGAAAUAUCCCUCUCUCAACCCGAAUUCGUCGUGUCCAUAUGUCAUUCGCUAACCUCGCAUUGAUCAUGGAACGCGGCCGCCAGGCCGCCAAGAGAGUCUUGGUCGGCUCAGAUCGCCUCCCGUCGGUUGACGAAGCCGAGAGACUCGGCUACGAAGCGAGUAUUCUCGAACGUGUGCACAAAGUAAAGACCACAACACCCCAUCGCAACCAUAAGUUCCGGAAGAAUCCUGGCUCUAGUUCCCAGGGGGCAUCCAGCGGUCCUGAAACGGUCGCCGCCUCUGGAGAGCGAUGGGUUGAGCAGGGUGUGGACGAAAUUCUACACCUAAAGAUCCUGGAGAGCAUCUUGGAUACAGACCCCCCGGCAACGAUUGUUUUGGCGACAGGUGAUGCGGCAGCGGCUGAGUUCUCCGGAGGUUUCAUGAAGAUGGUCGAGCGCGGGCUACAGCGCGGCUGGAGUGUCGAGCUUGUCAGCUUUUCUCAGGGCACUAGCUACGCAUACCGGAAGAAGGAGUUCCGGAUUCGGUGGGGAGACCAGUUCAAGCUGGUUGAGCUAGACGGGUACCUAGAGGAGUUAUUUGAGUAA